UUGUUUCCGGUUUACCAAGGACCACGCAACACCAUCUGCAAAAAAAAACUUCUGCUUUCUGAAUUUAUCGUUAAGUUUUCAGAAAUGAGAGGGAUGAAGAGUUUUACCAUUUGGGCUGUCUUUGCUGCUUUACUCUCACAGCAGCUAUUUGCUUCUGUUGCUUCCAUAAGGUUUGAGGAUACAAAAACAUACUACUCUCCUCCAGACCCAAAUGCAGGAACUCCUCCCUCUGGAACUCCUCCAUCACACGGAGGAUACACUCCAACUCCUUCGACUCCAUCACACACCCCUCCUUCUAACUGUGGAAGCCCACCUUACGACCCUUCAACUCCACCUCACAUUCCAACUCCAUCAACUCCAUCUCACACUCCAACUCCAUCGACUCCAUCUCAUACUCCAACUCCAUCACACACUCCAACUCCAUCACACACUCCUCCUUGCAACUGUGGAACUCCACCUCAUCACGUCCCAACUCCUUCCACACCUUCACACCCUUCAACGCCUUCACGGCCUACGCCCUCAAAUCCUCCUUCUGGUGGAUAUUACUCAUCUCCUCCACCAAGUACUCCGGUCGUUGUGACUCCACCAACACCCAUUGUUGACCCAGGCACGCCCAUCAUUGGAGGAAGCCCACCAACUCCUAUCACUCCUAUUGACCCUGGCACUCCUGGAACUCCUUUCCUUCCUGCUCCUUUUCCACCAAUCACUGGAACAUGCGAUUACUGGAGGAACCACCCUACACUGAUAUGGGGUCUGCUUGGCUGGUGGGGCACUGUUGGAGGAGCUUUUGGUACGGUCAGUACUCCCAGUAGCAUCCCAGGGUUUGAUCCUCACAUGAACCUUCUUCAGGCACUUUCCAACACCCGCACAGAUGCCAUUGGAGCUCUCUACCGUGAAGGCACAGCGUCUUGGCUUAAUUCCAUGGUCAACCAUAGGUUCCCUUUCACAACCCCUCAAGUCAGAGACCACUUUGUUGCAGGACUUUCUUCAACCAAGGCAGCCACAAAGCAGGCCCAUACAUUCAAGCUUGCCAAUGAAGGUCGUCUAAAGCCAAGAAUCUGAAAAGAAGAGAGUUUCUUCAUUUCUUAGUUGUUUGUUGGUUUGUCUUAAUUAAUUAUCUUAUGCUGUGAGUGUGGUCAGUAGAGUUUUAAGUGUCCUAUAGCUUCUAGUAAUAUUUAUCAUCAUGGCCCUUUAUAUUUGAUGUUGCUGUUUCAAUUUUUCUUCAUCUUAAAUAAGUUUUAUUACUUCC